AGUAAGAAACGCGACUAGGCCGGAAGCGGAACAAAGCCCAUAGGCCGAGCUGUCUCUUCCCCUCCAUUCCUCGUCUUCUCCGCAUCGACUCGAACGAAACCCUAGUCUCUCAUCACUUCGAUCCGUUCUUUGACAUUCUUCGGCGCAGGACGCCAUAAGAAAUCUCUCUAGAGAUCUUGCAGCUACCAUGGCGGACAAUGAACCUGUUGACCCAAAGAAUUUCCUUGAGGAACGCUGCAAGCCGCAAUGUGUAAAAUCAUUGUAUGACUAUGAGAGAUGUGUGAAGAGAGUCGAGAAUGAUGAAACUGGGCAGAAGCACUGCACCGGACAGUUCUUUGACUACUGGUCAUGCGUUGACAAAUGUGUGGCACCGAAGCUCUUUGAGAAGCUCAAAUGAUGGACUGGAAUGAUGCUGGUUGGCCCGGACCCCAAAUACAAUAAAUCAACCCACUGUCAUCCUGAAUUCUGGUUGUGCUGAACCUGUAACAAGGAGCUUUGUUCUAUCUCCUAUUUGUUGCUAAAACUUGUCAAAACAAGUAAACACAAUUAUUUUGGCAGAUGGAACAACUACUUUUAUUUUGCUUGUACUUGAAUGGAUGAAGGCAUUUCUGCUUUACUUCAA